UUGAACCUCGUUGAUGCUUGAAAGACAAUACAAUAUCGCCCCUUGUGGCAAAGGUUCACAAAAGGUUUAUUUUAUGCCUGCUAUGUUAGGUGAUGGUUAGACAAAGGGAGCCAAUUACAAAAGUGUUUCCAUGGGUUUCCUUUGAAUGACGUGGAUAUUGACAACUCAACUACAACUUUAUAGUUCGCUGGCCUAUCAAGUGUUAUUGGCUUUCAAGUGGGCGGGCUCUAGCGCUAUCACAGGCAGAGGACGGGACCUGGCCGUAGAAGCAAAGCGGAAAGAAAAUGGCGGCCGUGGCUGCGGAGCCAGGAGCUGAUGCAGCAUCAACAACAACAGCGGGGGACGGUGGUGAGCGCGAACCGGUGCCAGCUGUGCCGGGGGCCAAACUCGACUCCGAUGCAACGCAGGAGUACGUGCCAGUAAUGGACCUUGUUCACCAACUCAAGGAUGGAGAUGCAGUUCAGGAAUGCAGCCAGGUCCAAAUGGAGGUAGUGAGCAGGCCAGACCAAGCCGCGGGAAAAGCCCUCGCUGCUUGUGCAGAGGAUGAACACAUCGAUACAGGCUGUCUCAGGGUCGGCGUAGAAAAUACCGAGAACCAUGCUCGCGAGGGCUAUGGUUCGAAAUACACCAUGUCGAGGGCAGAACGUUUGAAACAGUUUUUUUCGCCGAAUGUUGAUCCUGCAAACGAGGUCAGUAAGCACGAGCCCUACGCCUGCCAUCAGAAUAGCUCCAUCUCCGAUUCACAGCCAUCGGUGAUCUUUUUGCAUUCGUUCCCUGCGCAUCCUGUGGCUACGGAGGCUGGGCUGUCGUUGGCAGAACCAGCAGAGCCCAUGAUCGAUUACUAUCAAAACACAGAAUUAACCCAACCUACUAUUAUCGAGUGUGACUAUAGAGCUUUAAUCAAACCGUCUCACGAGACUGAACUGGAGCCCGAACCCGCAGAUGAUGCUCCUUCUAGUACCGAGUACAAGGCUGAGUCUUUGGAAGAUGCCUUUCUUGAACAUCCCCAGGACAUAGACCAUGUCGAGACUCUGCCAGUUCUAGAGACAGAGACACUCCUUGGAACACCCAUGGAGACUGGAUACAUUUGUGACUUUUCGAGCAUCACAACCCAGAACUCUCCGAGUCCCGAGCUUCCUGUAAUGGCAGUGGGUCAGGUUCCCUCCUCAGCAGAACUUGGGGACUGGUGCUCACCACAGCGGAGUUUGGAAACAAACUUCCACGAGAGCGAGACAGUAAUGAAACCCAGUCCCCCCAUGUCCGUUGCUGAAACUGAGGAGGUACAGCCCGAGUCAGUGGACAACCUGAUACUUGGUUCCGAAGUUCGAGUAUCUCUGGAUCACAUCAUCGACGACGCACUGGUGGUGUCCUUUCGGUUAGGCGAGAAGAUCUUCUCAGGGGUUCUGAUGGACCUCUCUAAAAGGUUUGGACCCUAUGGAAUUCCAAUCACUGUGUUCCCAAAGAGAGAAUACAAGGAUAAACCUGAAUCUAUGCAGCUUAAGACAGAACCAUUCCAACCAGAGAAGGUGGAAAAGCCAGUCCAGGAAAACCCUGACAGCCAAGUCGUCGCAAUCCCCGAACCAAACCCUGACCCCCAGCCUGAGCCUAACCCAUGGACUUCAAAACCUCCGCCGCUGUUUCAGGAGGGAGCCCCUUACCCUCCGCCAUUGUUCAUCAGGGACACCUACAACCAGUCGUUACCUCAGCCGCCCCCCCGCAAGAUCAAGCGGCCCAAGCGCAGGCUGUACCGCGAGGAGCCCACCUCUAUCAUGAACGCCAUCAAGUUGCGGCCCCGCCAGGUGCUCUGUGACAAGUGCAAGGGGGCUGUCACGACCGUGGACAAGAGGGAGCCACGCAGAGGCCCUGGGUCGGACUCUAGGGGCGAGGACGCCAAGCGGAGACGCAACGACAGUGCAGCUACUGUCGGCAAGCGGCCACGUAAUGACCCUCGCUCUGAGGAGAAGCGCCGUGCUGCUGAGGCAUCCAAACGGCAGGCCUCAGGGAUACAAGUCUCCUCUUCCUCUUCUCUGGGCCAGGUGAAGGGCGGAGCUGGAGGGAACAGGGUUCUGAGGGCAACCUCCACCACAACAUCACCACCGGCCAACAGCAGCUCCAGAGUCCAGCUCAAUGCCAAGAAAGUGCUGCAGAGCAAAAAUGUUGAUCACUCCAAGGCACGGGAGGUGCUGAAACUGGCCAAGGCGCAGAAGAGGCAGCGAGAGACUACAGUGGUCACUGGCAGCAGUGGCAACGCCAAAACCAUGACGAGGGCCGCUGCCCUGCAGGAGGCCCACGCCCACCAGAAGGUCCACUUCACCCGGCGGCUGCAGCAGAUCAGCGGGGUGGGACCAAGCAACGCCACCCCUCUCCCACCCAGGAUGCGCAUCAAGCCCCAAAGGUACCGUAAUGAAGAGAAUGACUCUUUUACAUGUAAGCAGCUUUGCCUCGAGAAUGUGCCGGGAAAUGGCCGUUUGUCCCCUCCAAAGCCAUGCGCGCCCCGCUGUACCUCCACACGCUCCUCCUCCUCCUCCUGCUCCACAGGCGAGGCCACUGCUGCUGAAAACCAGGGCCCAGAUAAAGGGCCAGAACCUGAGCUCAGUCCUCAGCCCCAAUCCCAGCCCCAAGUGGAACCCCCCACAGCCAAGGAGCACAGCGACCCCAAGGCGGAGCCAGAGGAGCAGGGGGGGCAGGAGGGGAGGCGGGAGACGCGCGGCAGCAAGGCUGGCAACCUUGUGGUGUACAUGACCCUUAACCCCAGCCAGCCUGACUCCGCUAAUACCUCCAUGUGCAGCGUUGAUAGUGCAGACGACUUAAAGUCCUCAAACUCAGAGUGUAGCUCUACCGAGACCUUUGACUUUCCCCCUCCCGGUGAUUUGCACUCGCCCCCCGCCCCUGGCACGUCCUCAGCAGUCACUGACCCCUCGCCUGCACCUACGGAAGAGAAAAAGCCCCAUAAAUCUCAGAAAGUGUUUUCCAAAAAUGUGUCUAAGUGUGUCUCUCUGGACGGCAGGAGCAUUUGCGUAGGGGACAUCGUUUGGGCCAAAAUAUAUGGUUUCCCUUGGUGGCCAGCCCGCGUCUUAGGCAUCCAGGUCAGCCGCAAAGAUAAUGGGCUCUUAGUCAGGCAGGAGGCCCGUGUCGCCUGGUUCGGUUCACCCACCACCUCCUUCCUGGCACUUGCACAGGUCGCCCCCUUUCUAGAAAGCUUUCAGUCACGCUUCGACAAGAAGAGAAAGGGCUUGUACCGUAAAGCCAUCACAGAGGCAGCCAAGGCUGCCAAGCAGCUCACUCCCGAGGUUCGCGCCUUGCUUACGCAAUUCGAGACGUGAGGUGGUGUGCUUUGGGGAAAAGGAAAGUGCUGCAACGCUGAAGGGCUGCUGAUGGGUCCUUUACACUGCCAUUGGUUGAGAGACUGUCGGAUGGAGACGUCAGCGACAUAAUUAUUUUUAUUUAAGUAUCGGAAGAAGGAACAUUUAUAUAUUUAUAAUGAAUUGCAGACCUACUCCACCUCUGGGCCUGUCCAUCAUGCUGAAUACCAUUUGAUUUGUUUGAGCAGGCGUCCAUGUCCACAAGCAUGUGACCUUAGUUUGAGUGAGUACAUCUGCAGAGUAGACGAGCACACAGGGUCUCUGACCAUUAUAGAUAUCUAUUACAUUUGUAUUACAUACAUGUUGACAGGACACAGGAUUUUGCAGGGUUUUUAGUAUGUUGAUCAGUGAUCUUGAAAUGCAAAGACAAAAAAUGAAUAAAAACAAUACUAUGUAAAAAAAAUAAAAUAUUAAUGCAAUAAAGAUUGCAUGUGCUAUGCUAUUACAGUGCAUUUGCAGAAGGCUGUGCUUUGUUGUGUUGAUGCGGUCUUGAAAAAUAAUACUGGUGUCUCAAGCCCCGUUUAUACCUGGUGCUAACUUGCGUCCUGUGUCCUGAUCUUGUCCACAUUCUGAUAGUGUCCACAUUUUUCAAGAGAAGUGAUUGUGAUCAGCUCUACCUGACCACCUCAGGAGGUAGUCGGGGACACGUAGCUAGAUAUCUUAGAAGUGUAAACAGAUCUGGAUUAUCAAACCAUUUAAA